AACACAAUGAUCCUAGCUGUAUCACUUACCUUAAAAAACUUUCUGGAACUGUCUUGAAGGAAGAUUCACAGUGGAUCCAGCAUUCAGUGUCAAACCAUCUUGAAUGUUCAACUUGCCCACUUUAGAAACAUUCAUAUUGCCUCUCCUGCUGCCCUUCACAGGUGACUUUAAUCUGUGAAGCCAUGGUUACACAUACAGCAGAUACUAUUCAAAACCCACGUGGGCAGUGGGCUUUUGUGACAAUAUGCCUGAUAACUGCUGCUCUUUUUUUGAUCUCAUAUAAUUAUUCUGAAAGACUCGACUGUGAUGCAGCGGUGUAUUUUUUCACUACAAGUGUAGCAGUGGCCAUAAAAGGAAUUUGUGACUUUGUUGAAGAAUGUCGACAUUUACGUACGAGAUAUCACAGAAACAUUAUUAAAGCUUUAAAAGAAUGUUUUGGGCCAUCUAGAAAAAUGUCCUUGCUAAUACUAGCAGCAGUUCUCGGCUACAUUCGGCUCGAUAAAGAUAAUGACCCGUGGGUGAAGGUCAUCCCAAACUGUUUUUUCAGUACUUUCUGCAUAGCUGUUGGAAUUCAUGGCUGUACACCGGUGGAAAUGUCAGAGAUCUGUGAAAAGAAUAAGUUAAAUGUAGCCCAUGGACUAGCUUGGAGUUACUAUCUGGGAUACUUAAAGCUUGUACUUCCUGAGCUGAAGAAAACUAUAGCAGCAUUUAACGAGAGGCACAACAACCUACUGAAACACAAAGCUGUCUGGAAAUUGCAUAUUUUAAUUCCACUGAGUUGUGAGAUAUAUGACAAGUUACACGAUGCCGAUAAUAACAUAAUGUUUCAGGAAAAUACGCCAGAACUUUCUAUUGAUAGAGGAGGGGUCCAGAAGAGGAUUUACAAGCAUAGUGUGUACCAGAUAUUAGACGAAGACAAACGGCCUCAUUAUUGUAUCCUUGAGUAUGCAACACCGUUACGUACCUUGUUUGAAAUGUCCAAUGAAACCAGUGCCCAGUUUAGCAGUGAGCAACGUCUGAGUGAAACCAAGCUUUUCUACAGAACGUUAAAAGAAAUACUGGACAAUUCCCUGGAGUGCAGAGAUAAUGUCAGACUGAUCAUCAUUAAUGACAUUGAAAUUAACAACAACCAUGACAAUAUGGAGAAUGAUCCACAUUUUCUAUCUAAAGAAGUGUUAAAGCACAUCAAACAACAGCAAGAAGAGGAAUAUUCAAUAUCUGAAGGGAAUUACAGACAGAUGUCAUCAGAUGAUGUACUGUCCAGAGAGCCACAGCUAAUGAUAAGUGAAACGUCUGAUGAACCUCAGCCUUUAAGAAGCAACAUGUCAUAGAUAAACAACCCCAUUUGUAGUAAACAUGGAGCAUACCACAACAGUAUGCAGCUCUUUCAGAAGCAGCUCACAGCUAGGGGUGUGUGAGACAGCAGAUACAGACACAGUCAUUCCAGCAACUCAAAUGAAUAACUGUUUUAUAAUAUAGACUAAGGAUGAUGUAAUAAUUUUCAUUUGUAAUCCAUGUCUACCGUUGAUACAGCUGUUACAGUUUCGGACUACUUAGUUAUAUUUCCGUUUGUUUUGUAUUCAGUUUGAUUAGUUAAUGCCCUUACUUGAUCAUUUGUCAACACACAAACCAGGCAUAAGGCGGAUGGCACAAUAGAAAUUAAUAAAACUACUUGCCUCUUUAGACAGCAGUCUGUAUACACACACACACACACACACACACA